AUGCCUGCAGACAGAGGGGCCGUCUUGCCUGGACACGAGGGCCAGUACUACCAGCGAGUACUUCCCACAGCGCAGGUGCCCUUUGCUUCUGCGGAAGGCCGCCGGCUUUUCUGCGAAGCCCUUCUGGCAGGGACCAUGGAGAAUUACUUCUUUCUGGCGGAGCAGUUCCGGACGCAAGAUGAGCCGACGUUUUGUGGGUUAACUACCCUGGCCAUGGUCCUCAACUCUCUCCACAUCGACCCGAUGCGAACCUGGAAGGGUGCCUGGCGGUGGUUCAACGAACAAAACCUGGCGUGCUGCACUGGACCAGACCGGGUCCGUGAAGAAGGACUUUCUUUUGACAUGUUUCGAUCUCUCGCUGCCUGCAAUGGCGCGGAGGUUGAUGCUUUUCGUGCUCCGACUGAGGCGUCGGAGGCUGCGGCCUUUACGGCAGCAUUCCGAGAGGCUGCUCGCAGCGUUAGUCGCAGCUCGGAACGCGAAUGCCUUGUGGUUUGCUACUCGCGGGAGUUCCUGGGCCAGAGUGGCGCGGGCCACUUCUCACCUGUGGGCGGAUACCAUGAGGAGAGUGACUCCGUUCUUGUGAUGGACGUUGCCCGAUUCAAGUAUCCUCCCCACUGGGUGCCGCUUGAGGACUUAGCGCAGAGCAUGCGGCAGAUCGACACCGACACAAGCAAGCCGCGUGGCUUCCUUCAACUACGACUUCCCCAGCGGGUUCGCGCCAGAGGCGGUGCUGCGCCACCCCUCCGUGUGCCCUUUGUGCCAGUGGCUGCCGGUCGCCUCCUUUCCGAGGUCAUGCAGGGACUAGAUGCAUGA